CGGCAAGCUUCGGGAAAGCUGGAGCUAGAUAGUGUAUGUGUUUGCCAUAGUAUUGAGUUCUCCGUGUUGAACACAGUAGUAAAUGAACCAGACAAUGCGGAGCAAUGUAGUGGGCAAACACGCCCGGAGGUGAGCCAGGUUGCAGUGACAUGGUAAUAUUUAGCAAAUGUCAACGGACAGCACGGAACCACAGGAUCUACAGUGACUUACCAAUGAGUGGGGAAGAUACUGGUUUGGGGUCUUCGGCCCAAGCGCUGGCGGGGUAUUUGGGCAAAGUUCAAGAGAGAUCAGCGUCACUAGAGAACUGCCCCUGGUGUGCAGUCAAGGGGAUGACGUGUGUUCUCCGGUCCUACCGAAUUAACUUCCAGGAGUCCAUUACUCUUUGCACAAGUCCUCAGUGUCUUUUCCCUCUGGUCAGCCGACCCUUGGAAGAUGUCCUGGCCUGCCUCGUCCCCCCCGAACCCCAGACGGGGGCCAAGCGAAGGACCCCCUGGGCUCUGGAGCGUGAGGACCCCGUGCCUUGUUCCAAGCGCUUGCGGUCCGAGGAGGAGAGCGAAGAAGAGGCUAGUCUACAGAACGGCAAUCCCAUCAGCCAACCGGGACCCACCGACAUGGAGGUCGCGGACCACCACAAGGAUUCUGAUCGGCUAGCUCCAGAGGAAAUGGACCAGGAAGCACUGCAGGGGGAUGAAGAGACCGUGGCUAUCCCUGAGAAGAUGGCUCCCUCCCCAGAGCGUGUUGGUUUAGACGGCAGACUGCUCUCGCCUCCGAAGCCUGCUCAGGAUGCGCUUGCCCGAGUGCAGACUAUUAUCAUCUUAUCAGAGUACGAGUCAAACUCUGAAGUGGAAUUCAUCUGCUCGCAGAAGAACUCGUCUGGACCGCCCAAGGCUCUCACGUCUUCCAUCACUACACCCGCGGCCAUCUCGACCUUGGAGGAAGAGUCGGACUCGGAGAUGGAAUUAAUCUGCUCACAGAAGAACACAUCAGGACCGCCCAAGGCCGCAGAGUCUUCCAUCACUACACCCGCGGCCGUCUCGACCUCGGAAAACGGUUUGUCGGAGGAUUGUGCGGAGGGCCAGGCUGCGCCGGUGUGUAGGCCCUGCAGCGUGGACCUCAGCCAGAGCAGAUUGGAUCGGUCGGAGACCCUCGUAGAACCAGCACGGGAUCCCACGCAAGCAGCCAAAACGCCACGGCGGUCGAGCGAAAACAUGGAGGACAAGGCUGAGGCUGUGAUCCUCAAGGAUGACAAGCCAAGAUAUGGUGGUGGACUCGAAGGGAGCGAGAUAACAAAAAUAACACCAAGUGUUGACACUUUUAUCGGUUCCAAAGAGCUCGUUCUAGUUUCGCCGCGUCUCUUCUGGAGGAAUACGCCUAACCUCGCCUGGCUGGACAGCCUGUUGGUUGCCAUGGUGAACUGUCGGGCUCUAAAGGAGAAGCGGCCCGAGACAAAAUCUAGGUGCUCAGUGGUCUGGGAGCUGUGUACUAUAUACGACAGAUGUUGUGCGCUGGUAACCCAGUGUUGCCAAGAUGGCAUUAUCAAAGUCCCUGCCAGUUUACUACGGAGGGUAACAGAAGAACUGGAAGCUUUAAGGAUGUUCGUCUUCAACAUGCUGCAACCCAAACUCCAACAGGGGAAGGAGGACAGGCUGGUGUUUGCCCUGCCCCUCCUCCUCAAGAUGGACUCGUGGGCGGAGCCUAACUUCCUGCCGGUCUUUGAUUGGAAGUGUUUGCGCUGUGGUAAGACACUUCGGGUUAAGAAGCCCCUCACCACUUUAAAGGCGGUCGUUUCGGACUGGAAUCCGCUCAAGUCUACCGUUAAAAAAAGGUGUUCAACGUGCAAUAGGAACCGAUUACAGGAAAAGAAGUUGAUAAUGGAGAGCGUGCCCCCGGUGGUCGCUCUGCACUUCGAGAAGGGCCUGCCUGAUACCGAAGUCGGCAAGUACUCCUUCGACUUCGACCAGUACCACUACCAUGUCACCACUGUCAUACAGUACAGCAAGAAACACAAGCACUUUGUCACCUGGAUAAGGAAACCAAGCGAUUCGUGGCUGGAAUUUGACGGCCGGAAGCACCCGGACUGCGUCAGUCACCGGGACCUUACCAUCCCCGCCGAGGAGGUCCACAUCGUCUUCUGGGAGAGGGGGGAAAAGAGGGACAAGCUCCACAAAAGCUCGCGCGUCGACCCGCCAGAGAGCGAGCCCGCGGCGCCCCGCCUGAACCGUCCCCUCGAAGCCAAGGACUUCUUGGCGGACGAGUCGGACGACCUCUCGCAGGACGACGCGGGCAUCGUGGCGGCGCUGACGACUUGCGACGCCGCGGGAGAUCGAGCGGCCGGCGGGGACGCGUCCAUCGGUUCCGCCACGCUGCUCGACACCUUCGAGGGCCUCUCUCACGACGACAUCGUCACGCUCACUCUGGUGGAGGUCAGCGGUGACUCGAUGGGGAGAGUCCCGGCCUCUCCUUUGGCUCCGGAGAAUCGCCGUGCCUCCUCCGAGACCUCCCCCGAACCUGCUUCGUGGGUGACGCCCGGCGAGUUAAUCCUGCCCACGGUCGUGAGUUCCGCCUGUCACCUGAAGAGACCGUCUGUGGAAACCGGACAACGAGUUUCUCCCGUCUCCUCCACCCCUUCGCUCAAGCCCUCCUCGGCACGGUUCCCCUGGCAGAGGCAAGUGGACAUCGGUCCCCCCUCCGUCAAACCCCACCUGUUGUCCCCCAGUCUUGCCAAGCCCUCUGCCCCGGAUAACAACGCAUCCACACCCGUAGCCCAGACGAAACCCCCACUUUCCAACUCCUCCUCUGGCUACACACACAGAUCGCAACCCCCCAGGCCGUCCUUGAAGGUGACGGAAAACGAAGCCCUGCCGUUGAAGGCAGCAGAGAUGUAUGGCGGAUUCUGUGCCAGAAGCACAAAUAAUCCGUAUCAAACUCUAUUCUCGACCAAGGGGGCCACUCAGAGUGCUGCCGCCAAGGUGCCAUUUCAACGUGCUAGUCCCGCCCCACCUAAACCCGCUUUCAAACCUAUGGCUGUGUCUAUGACGUCACUUCCUCUUCGAGGUGUCGCGGAGAACCCUAAAAUCUCAAAGAAACACGGCAGUCAGACCAAGCUUCCAUCCGACCUCGCCGACACAGAUUCCCUCAGGCUGAAGCUGUUAAAGAAGCUCAAAGCCAAGAAAAAGAAACUGGAGAAGCUGAACCAGGUUUUGGGACACCAGGGGAAUUUGGGCGGGAAAAGCACUUCUAAACCAGACAGCACAAUCCUGGAGUCCUAUGCAGUCAGCUCCAGCACCUCUGUUUACAACAGCCCGACUUACGACGAGUUCUUCGCAGACCUUCUGUCGCCUGCGACGACCACUAGCAACCUGUCACCUGACAGCACUGGCCUCGUGGAGACGGUGACCAAUGGGCAAGAGGGAGGUGGAGACAUGACGAACGGUGGGGGUGCGAUUGGUGGAGAAAAUCACGAGAUGGCUGUGACUCCUCAACUUUGCGGUUCCUUCGCACAGCAGGUUGGAGAAGUCCCCAUGACAACCACCAAUGACAACUUCCUGGAAGAGUUUAUAUCUGGGACAUCGUUGGCGCAGACUGAGAUGGAGACAGAAGCCCUCAGUGCUCUUGACCUGUUCUUUUAGGUUUCAGGUAAAUAAAGUGGUCAGAGACUAGGAAGUGCUGUUGUCGUGACACAGGGACUCACUGAGGUGACUUAUGCAAAGUAGUUUUUUGUUCGAUGUAAGCUUGCCGUGUUGCAAGAACCUGCUGUGUGCAGGACUAGCGCUGAAGUCAAUUCUGUUUGUUUUGUUGUAAUUUAAAAGCAUUAUAUUAACUUCUAUGGUUUUGCUCAUUUUAUUUGUUUGCAUUACUUGAAAUAAAGUCGUUUUUUUUACUGUU